AUGGUGGAGAGGGAAGGUAGCAACAUAGAGCUGGUGAUGCCAGGCGCGCUCUCCCUCAGAGUCCCACAGGAACUAAAGGAAUCUGUUGAAGAAAUACUACCAUUCCUGAAGAAAGAAAAUGUUAAAGUUUAUUAUUUAAGCAAGACAUCUGCUACAGAAGGAGUUGAGAGCUUUCUUGAUAAAGUAGAUGCUGCUUCGGAUGAGCCUACUCCAUUGUCUUGGAGAUCAAAUAUAACCUUUAAGACACCAGCCAUGUACAUUUAUACUUCUGGUACUACAGGUCUUCCCAAAGCUGCAGUGAUUAACCACGAACGCAUAAUGCUAGCUUGUGGUUUGUUUGAUGCUGGCAAUGUUACCUCGGAAGAUAUUAUCUAUACUGCUCUACCGCUCUAUCAUAGCUCUGCCCUCCUUGUUGGAGUCCAUGGAUGUAUCAUGAAAGGUGCAACUAUUGUUUUGCGAGCCAGAUUUUCAGCAAGCCAGUUCUGGGAUGAUUGCAGAAAAUACAACGUAACAGUGAUACAGUAUAUUGGGGAAGUGCUUCGGUAUCUAUGCAGUGUGCCACAGAGAAACAAUGAUCAGGAUCACAAAGUCAGACUUGCCAUAGGAAAUGGAAUAAGGGCUGAUGUUUGGAGGGAAUUUAUCCGAAGAUUUGGAAAUAUUAAUAUUUUGGAAUUUUAUGCAUCGACGGAAGGAAACAUUUCUUUUGUUAAUUACACUGGGAAAAUUGGUGCAGUGGGAAGAGUAAACUGCCUGCAGAAGAAAAUCUUACGCUAUGAACUGAUUAAAUAUGAUGUAGAGAGAGAUGAACCAGUCCGAGAUGAAAAUGGAUACUGCAUAAGAGUUCCUAAAGGUAAACCUGGACUACUGAUCUGCAAAAUCACUCAAUACGCACCAUUUAGCGGCUAUGCAGGAGCAAAACAGCAAACACAGAAGAAGCAAUUAAGAGAUGUCUUCCAAAAAGGGGAUUUAUAUUUUAACAGUGGUGACCUUUUAGUGAUUGACAAUGAUAACUUCAUUUAUUUCCAUGAUCGAACUGGAGACACAUUCCGGUGGAAAGGGGAAAAUGUUUCUACAACAGAAGUUGCAGAUGUUCUAGGACUGAUUGACUGUGUUCAAGAAGUUAUUGUAUAUGGAGUAUCUGUUCCAGGUUAUGAAGGCAGAACAGGAAUGGCAUGUAUUCGACUAAAGGAGAACUCUGAAUUUAACGGAGAAAGUACUUACAGACAUGUAAACACUCACCUUCCUAACUAUGCGAGACCCCGUUUUAUAAGGAUUAAGGUAAACCAGUGCUCCUAACUAGCUUUUGUGUGUCUGC